AUGCAGGUCCGGGGCCAGCAAUACAAGUAUCGUGGCCAUAUCGUGCACUUUCUCCGCGAUGUUGGCAAGGUGUAUCGCCAACUUCCUCUUCUACCUUCUGAAUUAGAUGUUAUCCUGCUACGCCCCCCGAAUGCAAGCGAGCAUGCCCACCUUGACCGUCAAUUCAGACGCCAGUUCCGCGUACGCCGUCGCUGUCUACAGGCGUGGCUGGAUUUCCUGCGUCAGAGCCACCCGGGUUACCGAGAUAUUACCGUCUGCCAGAAGCGGAUAUCAGUGUUACCCGAAGACGGUGAUGUGCUUGAUGAGGUUGCUGCUGUAGAUGUUACUGAUCCUCUUUCAACUGAUUUGGGUGUCACGGAGAAUGACGAUGUUGAGCCGGAUGAGAGGGACGGGACAAAGUGGACACGUUGGGGUCGUCAAGCCAAGCCUCGUGUUCUAUACUACUUCCCGCGGUAUAACUCUAGCCGUCAGCAUGACCAAUACGGUGAUUUUUGCCGCGUCAAGCUGAUGCUGGCCCAUCCACAUCGCGAUCCCAACCAACUACGCAAGAUCAACGGCGUUGAGUACGCCUCUUACGCACCUGCCGCCGAAUUCUGUUACGGAAAUCACCAACACCCUGACGAUUACUACGGCACACCUGACGCGGAGGAACGCCGGCCGGAUCCGGAUGAGUUCGAGCAAGAAUAUCACGAACCUGACCUUGUGGAGGAGGACUGGCUCGAGCUUGCCCGCCAGCUCCCCGACUGCCCACCAAGCCAGGAGGCAAUAGAUCUUCUUGGCAGACGGGAUAUCGGCAUCCAAUACGAUUGGACACCCCACAUCGGCCGCUAUGGUGACCCAGCAAUCAUUCAAGGCGACUAUUGGCGCCGUCAGAUUGAGCAACAUCGUCUCGAUAUGGAUGUUGAAGACCUGCUUUUAGAGGUCCGCGAUACGCUCAACCCAGAGCAGCGGAUAGUAUACGAUACCUUUAUUGGGCACUUCCAAAGCGGCAGCGAAGAGCAGAUUCUGCUCCAAGUUGACGGUGGUGGCGGGACAGGCAAGUCCUACAUGAUCAAGGUUCUGUCUUCGCAUCUUCAGAGGCUCGCUGGUGGGCGGCCCAGUCCGAUCUGGAGAGCUGCACCCACGGGUGUUGCAAGCAACCAGAUCAUGGGGACGACCCUACACUCUCUCCUCCAGCUACCUGUUGAUAGGGCUUUUGCAGAGCUAUCGCCAGCAGGUGCUAAUGCUAUCCAGAAGAAGCUGCGGGACGUUCGGUAUCUCGUGAUCGAUGAAAAGAGUAUGUUGGGUCUGCGCCAGCUUUCGUGGGUUGACAAACGCCUCCGCCAAGUCUUUCCCGACAGAGCAGCUGACUUGUUUGGUGGCAUGAACAUCAUCCUCGUUGGUGACUUCUUCCAGCUGCCGCCGGUUGCGAACAAGCCUCUCUACUUUGAUGGGCCACUCAAGGACCUGCAUGAGAUCUCUGGCCAGAUAGCGUAUAGGGCAUUCAGCCACACCGUCUUCUUGAAGAAGAUCGAGCGGCAGCAGGGCGAUGACCAGACUGGUUUUCGUCUGUCGCUUGAAGAACUGCGCGGUCUGAAGUUAUCCGUCGAAUCAUGGAGACUUCUGAGCCAGCGCGUGCAGGUCAAGCUAAGCCAGUGCGAGGUAGAUAAGUUCGAUGCUGCUCUCCGGAUCUAUAGCAAGAAAGCUCGUGUCAAUGAGUACAACUACAAGCACCUCGUCCAUCUGAAGCAGCCAGCAAUCCAGGUCAUGGCCGAGAACAUCGGUAAUGGUGCUGAUAAGGCAACAUCUGAACAGGCUGGCAACCUGGUUGGCCAGUUUCCGGCAUGUAUCGGUGCUCGUCUCAUGCUGACCUAG